AUGCCGAACAGGCGAAAUGAAGAAGUUACACAUAUCAAGAUCCAGAAUACAGGGGACUAUUAUGACCUGUAUGGAGGUGAAAAGUUUGCAACAUUGGCAGAAUUGGUUCAGUAUUACACAGAGCAACAAGGUCUCUUACGAGAGAAGAAUGGAGACCUAAUUGAACUGAAGUAUCCUCUGAAUUGCCAAGAUCCAACAUCUGAAAGGUGGUAUCAUGGACAUCUAUCGGGUAAAGAUGCUGAAAAACUCCUGACAGACAAAGGAAAACCUGGAAGUUUCCUGGUGCGUGAAAGUCUCAGUAAACCAGGAGAUUUUGUUCUAUCAGUGCUGACUAAUGAAGAAAAAUUUGAAAAUGGAGACCGUAAACCAAGAGUAACACAUGUAAUGAUUCGGAAUCAGGACGGGAAGUAUGAUGUUGGUGGAGGUGAAAGAUUUGACACGCUUACAGACCUAGUGGAACACUACAAAAAAAACCCAAUGGUAGAAGUUACUGGAAUUGUCGUUCACCUUAAACAGCCAUUCAAUGCUACACGAAUAAAUGCUGCAAACAUAGAGAAUCGAGUCAAGGAACUCAAUAAAACAGCAGAUAACACUGAAAAGGCCAAGCAAGGCUUUUGGGAAGAGUUUGAGCUUCUUCAGCAACAAGAAUAUAAACUACUCUAUAGCAGAAAGGAAGGACAAAGAAUAGAAAACAAAAGCAAGAACAGAUACAAAAAUAUCUUACCAUUUGAUAAUACCAGAGUUACACUGAAGGAAGUGGAUGAAACCAUAUUAGGAUCUGAUUAUAUCAAUGCUAAUAAUAUCACAAAUGGAAAAAUUGGAGAUGAUUCCAAAAACUACAUUGCAACACAAGGCUGUCUUCAGAAUACAAUCAAUGAUUUUUGGAAGAUGAUUUAUCAGGAAAACACACACGUCAUUGUCAUGACAACCAAAGAAGUAGAAAGAGGAAGGAAUAAAUGUUAUCGUUAUUGGCCAGAUUUAGAAACAACAAAACUGUAUGGUACAAUUUCUGUGCGAAAUCUGAAAGAACGCCUGGCGCAAGAUUACAUUGUCCGUGAACUGGAGGUUAUACAAACAGCCCGGAAGGAAGCUCCUAGACACACCUGGCACUAUCAGUAUCUCAGCUGGCCAGAUCACGGAGUGCCCAAUGAACCAGGAGGAGUACUGAGUUUCCUGGACCAAGUAAAUCGGACACAGCAAAGCAUUCCAGAUACUGGCCCUAUUGUAGUGCACUGCAGUGCUGGAAUUGGAAGAACAGGAACCAUAAUUGUUAUAGAUAUGUUGGUAGCUGACAUUAACAGACAAGGUUUGGACUGUGAUAUUGACAUCCCUAAAACGAUUCAAAUGGUACGAAAACAAAGAUCAGGCAUGGUACAGACAGAGGCUCAGUAUAAAUUCAUAUAUAUGGCUGUACAACAGUAUAUUGAGACAGUUCAAAAAAGACUACAGGAGGAACAGAAAAACAAAACAAAGGAACGAGAGUAUUCAAAUAUCCACUAUCUUACGGACAAAGCAAAAAACAAAAGAUACGCUGCCCCAUCUCGAGUUUUUUCCACGUUGAAAGAAGAACCAUCCUGUCUGUAUGAAAAUUUAAACAUCAAAAGUACCAAAUCGUCAGGGAGUAGCAACACCAAGAGAUAAAAGCACCAAGGGUAGAGAGGUUGUAUGUAUAAUAAGCACAUUAACAAUACACAUUAACAGUACACAUUACUUAAAAACUCUGUUUAUAAUGCACAUACAAAAUAGUAACAUAUGAAAAUACAGGUGCAAGUGUUAUCAUGUACAUUGUUGUGAAAUGUUCCUUGUUGAAGUGCAUUCAUGUUUUGGAUGCUUUCUUCUCACCUGAGCACCCUAUCACCCCAACUUCUCUUAUCUUAGGCGUUACUACGAUGGACCUCACCUUGUUCUUUUUUAGUAAUUCCUUCACAGUACCCUUCCCUUCUGUGUUGCAUUAUACCCAGCUAUAUCUCCCUGCCUUAACAGCAAUAUUUUCUUGCUGAAUUCCAGUGUUGCCUGUAUUAGGUUUCCUCCAUGACCUCCGGAUCUGGGUGGUACUCUGUUAUUCAGCACCGGUUACUCCUAGCGGUCUCCAACUCUGCUUCUUUUCUCACUCCUAACAUUUAUGCAGCUACCUGCCAUUCUCUCUAAUGGCCAAUUUCUCCAGAUCUCUCCUGAUCCUUUCUCUCGUUUUGAUACACACCAACUAACUCUGGCACUAAUCUCCUUCCCCAACCUGAUCCAGUGGGCCAAUAAUUAUUCAUCCAUCUGCAUUGAUGUGUAGAAUGUCUGUUCCCUCAAACAAGGGUCUCCCCAACUCAUGGCUGGAGGUGACCUCCAGAAGUGGAGGUCCGUGUAUUGGCGCAUGAUCACAUAGCUUAGAGGGGACAUUGCUGAUAACUCUUACCCUCUUAUGGCUCCCUGCCUGAUUUAGUCCACCAUCCAAACCACAGUAGACAGCAGGACUCGGAUUGUAUCACGUCUGUGUCCUUUAUGCCCCAUGACUUCACUUGUGCAAUCCAUCGUUACUAUUCCUACCGAUCCUCAUAGAUUCGUUUUAAGUUUGUCAUUUUCUACAAUCCAACCUGUAUUCCUCAUGCAAAUCUCUUCCCCCUGGAGUUCAAUUUCUACGCAGAAAUGCUCUUUCUUUUCAAGCAAACUUCACCCUUCCACACGCAUCAUUGUGCUUCAUCUGUUCUGAAUGAAAGAGUAGACAACAGAUAAUUAACCUUGCCUUUCAUAUAAACUGUCCCACACACACUGCCUUCUGGAUCUUGCAAUUUCACAACUCUUCAAAUCUUUACUAACUGGAUCAUUUCCUCACUCCAAACCUCUGGCUUACAUCAUCUACCACCCCACCCAUCCUCGCUUUACCUUUUCUGCACUUCUCUCAAACACUUGCCUAAAACCACUGUAUCUCACUUCCUGAGGGAAUAUUUUAGAAAACUGUAUUCUCCUGUGAUUUCAACUUCUGCAGGCACCGUGCCCCUGACCACCACCACCACCACAUGUAAUAUUUCUUUUCCCCAUUAGGUUUGUGAAGAUAAACAAAUACUAAGGAUCCCUUUAAAAAUUAAGUUAUUUUCAGUAUCAACUUUUCUGUUAUAAAUACAAACUACUUUUGCAUUUACAUUGCAAACUUCGUAGGAAAAAUCUGAUAUUACUAAUCACAAUGAUGAAGGAUUGAAUCAUUAUAAGAUUUUGCAAUGUUUAUUUAAUACACGUUUCUGCCUUCUAAUUUCCCCUGCCCCACCUUUUAAACGUGAGCAGUAACGAGAAUGAUCCUGUCACCGUAAUAUCCGAUUUUUUUUUUUGCUCUCUCUAGAAUUACUUCAGUUUACGUAAAGCUGCUGCCUGCAUUUGUAAUGAGAAUUGCUGCGUCCCAGCUUGCCUCUGGAUCUCUAUGCAGUGCAAUUCUACAAACCAAAUCUCUACAGAAAACUGCCUUUUAAAGACUGUUUAAUUUAUGAACGAGACAUUUUUAAAAAAUUAUACUGUUUUGUUUUGUCAGCUUGUAUUUAUAUAUGUACUUUAAGUGCCUCUUCUUGAAAUUGAUAAAUAAUGGAGUUUAAUUUUAAGAUUUCAUGACUGUCCAAACAAUAUGUUGCAUGCAUUUAGAAAAAAAGCAGAAAUAUUUGACCUGGAAAACUGUAAGCCCAUGCAUUUCAUCACCUGCUGCACUGCAUGUUUUUAAGAUGUAAAAAGGUAAAUCAUCAUGACGAAAAGUUAAACUAUGACAACCAAAUUUUGCAAAUGUGUUUUUGUAUCUACCUGUAAAACCAAGCUGCGCUGGUGGCACUGCCCAGCUUGACAGCAAUUCUGAUACUAAAGAAGCCAAUCGCCUCAGCAGCAGUACCACCAGCAGGAACCAUGUGGUACUGCAACAAGAGGAGUUUUUAAAAAACUGACUACAGUAAUUGUUAUUCAUUGUUUUGCAUUGCAAUAAUAUUGUAACAAUUUUGUAAAUUUUAAAGUUGAGGAACAUUUUGAGAUUCUGUUAUACUUGGAUUUGCCCAAGCUUUCACUGGCACAACUCAUUGCACAUUACAACCUUGAUAAAAUGGCACUUCCCAUAUAUUGUAUUUGAAGUUAGUGGAUAUAUCCACUAGCCAAAGAUGAAGGUUUGUAUGUUUUUCUUUAAAAUUUAUGUGUUGAUCACGUCAUUAAUAAGGCAUUCAGUGCUGAAUGAAGACAAUUUUCUUAAAAGGCUUUUUUAUAUAAUAAAAAGAUCACUCAAAGCAAA